AUGGCACAUAAGCUCGAUAUCCUGAUUGUCGGCGCUGGCCUCUCAGGUCUCGCCGCUGCGAUACAAUGCGCAUUGUCAGGGCAUUCAGUCACGGUAUUGGAAGGCGCAAGGGAGCUAGCUGAGAUAGGUGCCGGCCUUCAGUUGACACCUAAUGCCACACGUCUGCUCCAGAAGUGGUCUGUAUACGACACUAUCCGCGGCCAGGUCUGCGAACCCGUCACAUUGACUGUACACAACUACCGCGGCAAGAUCCUCGCGCACGAAGAGAACUUUGAUGCAAACAUCCGCCGCAAAUACGGCGCGCCAUUCUCCGAUUGCCAUCGCGUGGACCUGCAACAAGCGCUGGUGAAGCGAGCGAAAGAGCUGGGCGUAAUUGUUGUAUUGAACGCGAAAGUGACGAAUGUAGACUUUGGCUCAGCUACUGGCGACAGAGCGCGUGUAAAAACCUCUGAAGGCCAGAAAUACGACGCCGAUCUCAUUGUCGGAGCAGACGGACUGUGGUCUUCGUGUCGAUCUACAAUGCUAGGACGCAACGACCCUCCGCUACCCACCGGCGAUCUGGCAUAUCGCAUCGUGCUCAAGGUUGACCAAAUCAGCGAUCCGAAGUUGAGAGAGAUGGUCCAAUCUCCCGCGUGUCGAUUCUGGGCAGGUCCAGAUGCACACGUUGUAGCGUACAGUAUGCGCUGCGGCAACAUGUACAACGUGGUUUUGCUCGUGCCUGAUGAUCUCGAAGAAGGUGUUGCAAGGACAGAGGGCAACUUGGACGAGAUGAAAAAGUUGUUUGAGGGAUGGGAUCCAGUAUUAACCCAGCUACUCGGGUGUGUGGACAAAGUGGACAAGUGGAAACUGAUGCACCGGGCCGAGAUGGAAUCCUGGAUCAACGCGCAAAACAAUCUUGUGCUCAUCGGGGAUUCAUGUCACCCGAUGCUUCCCUAUCUCGCUCAAGGCGCGAAUUCUUCCAUCGAAGAUGGUGCCGUUCUGGGACUUUUACUUGCCCCGGAGCAUCUCAGCUCGAAGGAGAAGCUACCAGAUACCCUUCAACUCUUUCAACAACUACGGAAAGCACGAGGCGAGGGCAUCGUACGGGAGACAUUCAAGCAGCGAAAAGACUUCCACCUCCGCGACGGGCCAGAACAGGAAAGGCGCGAUGAACUGAUGUUGGGCCAACUUGGCAAGGAACUUCAAGGCGCAUUCCCAAGUCGGUGGACAUGUCCCGAGGUACAGCCUUGGCUGUACGGAUAUGACGCGAUGGACGAGGUGAAGGCGGCUGUGCGGGCAAAGUCAUCGUGA